AAUUUUAUAAUUCACAUCAUGGUUGGACGUUGGAGUCAUCUACCCAAUAUCUGGUAGCAGCUAAGUGAGCUCAGUACAAUGUGUACCAAAGAAAGGUAGGAUGAUGGUGGUGGUAAACSAGGAGAAUGAACUUAUAUUAACCCAGACUAUGAGUGGGUGGAGAGUUUGCAUCAACUAUCACAAACUAAACAAGACAGAUAUUCAGGGUACAACCAUAUUACCAUUGCUCUGGAGGAUUAAGAGAAGACGACGUUCACAUGUCCGUAUGAAACAUUUGCCUUUAGGCGUAUGCCCUUUGGUCUAUGCAAUGCACCAACGACAUUUCAAAGGUUCUUCAAAGAGCUCCAGUUUCCAUAUGGAUUCUCGACGUUUUCUCGCGUUUUCUCUCUGUUUCCUUUGCUUAUUCCCUCUCUUUUGUCGCUCCACCAAUCCUAUGCCGAGAUUGCUCAUGGACCGCAACAACAUGGGACGAGGAUCUCUUAUUAGGAUGAAAACGGGCGGUUCCUCCAUUUCAAUCGAUCCCAGUCGUGUCACUCAGCUCUCAUCGCAACCCAGGGCUUUCGUAUAUAAGGGAUUUCUGUCUGCAGAGGAGUGUGAGCAUCUUAUCAAUUUGGCGAAGGAUAAGCUUGAGGAAUCGUUGGUGGCUGACGACGUGACGGGUGAGAGUGUUACAAGUCGAGAACGGACGAGUACUGGCAUGUUUCUUGUCAAGGGUCAGGACAAAAUAGUUGCUGGCAUCGAGUCCAGGAUUGCUGCAUGGACCUUUCUUCCCGUCGAUAAUGGGGAGCCUAUGCAAGUACUGAGAUACGAGAACGGUCAGAAAUAUGAUCCACAUUUUGAUUUUUUUCAAGACCCAGUUAAUAUGGCCCAAGGUGGUCACCGGAUUGCCACAGUCUUGAUGUAUUUGUCCAAUGUUGAAGAGGGUGGAGAAACAGUCUUUCCCAAUUCUCAUGUUAAAUUAUCCGCACGGGAGAAGAAGGAACUGUCUGAUUGUGCUAAGCUUGGGUAUGCAGUAAAACCAAAGAUGGGCGAUGCUUUGCUGUUCUUCAGUCUCCACGCAAAUGGGACAACGGACUCRAGCAGCUACCACGGGAGCUGCCCAGUGAUAAAGGGCGAGAAAUGGUCCGCGACGAAAUGGAUUCACAUGCUUUCAGCCGACGAGAUUUGGAGGAGUCCAGAUUGUGUGGAUAUAAGUGUGAGCUGCGCUGCAUGGGCAAGUACAGGUGAGUGUGUGAAGAAUCCUGGUUAUAUGAUAGGUUCUAAGCAUGAACUUGGAUAUUGUAGGAAGAGUUGUAAUGCUUGCUCUUCCAUGGCAUAGGCCUCUUUUACUUUGUACACACAGCAGAGGUUAAAAUUCCCUCUUUUUCUCACACAUGUAAAUGCCUUUGAUAGAUA